AUGCCGAAACAAAAAGCUCCAAAAGGCAACCUCAUUCAAAAUGCGAUCAACGACUGGCUUGGUUCCGUCGCAAUUUCCGAUAUAGAAACAAACUCAACAUGGAAAGCAGAUCUUAUUAACAGUGCGCCAAAGCGCUUCACGAUCUAUGAACAUAUGGCCCUCCUCCCCACAGGAAGCUUCACAACCUCACAAUGGUCUGCUCUUAUGGACAACGCUGGCCAAGAAGCUUGUCAGCGACUAUGGUCCAAGAUCCUGGAACAGCUUUCAACGCAGGCGAAGGAGCCACUGACUCAUCUGGCCGUGAACGAAGGUAUUCCACUGCAUAAAGCGGGAGACGAAACGGAUGAGAACGUGCGAAGAAGUCCAAGUGGGCUGCGCACUCUCUAUGGAGAUUUUGGACCUGCGAAUGCAUCAGCAGAAAAGCCUUCACAGGAGGAUUUCGACAAGACGCUAUGGGUCUCGACAAAACAGAAUGGCAUAUUCCAAACCUGGGCUCCGCGAUGGACAAUGUUCAGCCGGGGUAACGUCAAAGAGAAAGCGAGACUCCUGGAAAUGGGGAACGAGACACUUCAAGGCUCAUGGGCGGUUGAUCUCUACGCUGGUAUUGGGUACUUCGUGUUCUCAUAUGCUCGACUUGGUAUGAGAGUUCUUUGCUGGGAGAUCAACCCAUGGAGUGUUGAGGGGUUGCGACGCGGCGCCAAAAUGAACCGAUGGACAAUACGGAUUGUCCAGGGUGGUGAUUUGGCUCUGCCUACUGAGGAGGUUCUCAAUGGAGAAGAGCAAAUUAUAGUGUUUCUCGAAAGCAACGAAGAAGCUAUACGACGCAUCCAAUCCCUACAGGGCAGUGGUGUUGCUCAAGAUAUACGGCAUGUCAACUGCGGUUUUCUACCCACAAGCGAACCGACUUGGAGGGAUACAUGGGACAUCUCUACUCCAUCCAGUGAGACAUGGCUGCAUCUCCACGAAAACGUUGGCGCAGACGAUACCGAAACAAGGAGUCAGGAGAUCCAGCGCAAAUUCGAUGAUUGGAGCCAAGGAACAGAUCGAGCAGCCAAGGUCGAGCAUAUCGAGCAGGUCAAGACAUUUGCGCCAGGCGUCUGGCACUGCGUCUUUGAUGUUCAUGUUUACAAGAUCUAG